UAUCGGCGCAAGUCGCAUUUUGGUCGCCGAUAUAUUUAUCUCCGUCGCAGUCGCCUUGUCCUUCUCCGACGGUUCUUCCGGCCUCCUCGAUCGCUGCUCUUGAUCUCCUCGAAGGGAAAUGGCGUUCGAGAAGAUCACGGUGGCGAAUCCCAUCGUGGAGAUGGACGGGGAUGAAAUGACUCGUGUCAUUUGGAAAUUAAUUAAAGACAAGCUUAUUUUACCAUUUUUGGACUUAAAUAUUGAGUACUUUGACCUUGGCAUUCUUAAUCGUGAUGCUACGGAUGAUCGAGUUACAGUAGAAAGUGCAGAAGCAACUCUUAGGUACAACGUCGCAAUUAAAUGUGCUACCAUAACUCCAGAUGAAGGUCGUGUAAAGGAAUUUAAUCUGAAAUCCAUGUGGAAGAGCCCUAAUGGAACAAUCAGGAAUAUUUUAAACGGCACUGUAUUUAGAGAACCAAUUCUAUGCAAAAAUAUACCAAGGCUUGUGUCAGGAUGGACUAAGCCAAUAUGCAUUGGAAGACAUGCUUAUGGUGAUCAAUAUCGAGCAACUGACAAAAUAAUAAAUGGCCCUGGAACACUCAAAUUAAUAUUUGAGGGCAGAGAAGAGGAAGUUCAGCUCGAGGUUUUUAACUUCACAGGUGCUGGUGGUGUUGCAUUGGCCAUGUACAAUACCGAUGAGUCCAUUCGUGCAUUUGCUGAGGCUUCAAUGAACACAGCAUACCAGAAAAGGUGGCCGCUUUACCUCAGCACAAAAAACACUAUUCUGAAGAAGUAUGAUGGGAGGUUCAAAGACAUAUUCCAAGAGGUGUACGAAACUAAAUGGAAAGCCAAGUUUGAGGCUGCAGGAAUAUGGUAUGAGCACCGUCUUAUUGAUGAUAUGGUAGCUUAUGCACUUAAAAGUGAAGGUGGUUAUGUGUGGGCUUGCAAGAAUUAUGAUGGAGAUGUGCAGAGUGAUUUCUUGGCUCAAGGUUUUGGAUCUCUAGGACUUAUGACAUCAGUACUGGUCUGCCCUGAUGGAAAAACUAUUGAAGCUGAAGCAGCUCAUGGGACAGUUACACGACAUUUCCGAGUCCACCAGACAGGUGGUGAAACUAGCACGAACAGCAUUGCUUCUAUCUUUGCCUGGACUCGUGGGCUUGCUCAUAGGGCAAAGCUAGAUGGUAAUCUAAGACUACUUGACUAUACUGAAAAGCUGGAAGCAGCUUGUAUUGGAACUGUUGAAUCUGGCAAAAUGACUAAGGAUCUCGCUCUUAUCAUUCAUGGAUCAAAGCUCACCCGAGAUCACUACAUGAACACCGAAGAAUUUAUCAAUGCAGUUUCAGAAGAUCUGAGGGCAAGACUUCCAGGAAAAUCAAAGUUGUAAUAAAUCCUUAACUUGCUCUGGCAGGAUGUCCUUUUGAUUGAGCACCAUGGUUUCUGUUUCGCAUGAUGUUUUUGUCAGGAGAUAUUAUUUUGUGCGGACAUCGGAUAUAGCUUACCAUCCAGAGGUCAAUCAGGUGCAGCCACAUCAUCCAGUACCGAGCUCAAUACCAAGCUCGGUACCGAGCGGUACCGAGUAGGGGUGAUGUGGCGUAUUUUCAUUGGGCUCUAGACGGCGUUCGGCAUCCGCACAGAAUAAUUCAUCCUUUGUCACAUAGUUUGAUUUUUUUUUUUCUUCUGGAUAAUCAUUAGCUGCAGGAUUGAAUAAACUAGAAGGUACAGGAAGGGAGAUUGAAUUUAAAGAACCAGAGGUUGUAAUCUUUUAAGAAUAAGCUACAGGUUUUAACCAAUUCUGUUGCCUUUUAAAUGUACUUCCUGCUACAUAUUUUGAUUUUUGGCCUCUCUCAAGCCAUAUUUUGCAUUAGAAUGCAUGUAUUUUAAUUCCAAUGGUGUAUUUGAAAAAAACAAAAUCCCUGUAUGGUUGUUUGUGAUCACAAUACAUGAAUUUGAACAUUAUUUCAA